UUUUUUAGUUAUCAUCCUCAUUGCCGGUUAAUUCGACGUAAAUCAUAUCCUAACUCUGCCCUACCCGUUCUGAAAUUAUACUUCAAGAAUUCAUUAAGGAUAAAGUAUUCGGAUAAAAUUUAUCAUAUGGCUAAAGAUUCUGAACUAGCAAAGUUGGCCGAGACCUGGACACAAAUCGCCCAGGGUGAAAAUACGGCCCAAGAAGUUGAGGCAAAAUUGACCAGCCUAGAGAAUAAGAUAGAUGUUCUACUGGCCAAUUUUGAGGCGUCUCAGCAACAAUUGAUUGACGCUGGGGUCAACCUCGCACCAUUAUGUCACAAGGAAGAGAAGGCAUCGAGAAAAUAA